AAGUUCAAUGUGGUUCCAGUGAUAAGAAUUUUUGGCUCUUUGAAAACUGGACACACUGUUUUAGUUCAUAUUCAUGGAGUUUAUCCUUAUUUUUUUCUCGACUUCAAAAACAUAUUAGUCAGAGAAAAUGUUUUGAAAAAGAAAUAUUCAGACAAAGAAAAUUCAGACAAAUACAUCGACGAUUCUAAAUAUGAUUUCACUCGAAAUAAUUAUUUUAAAUAUAAUUCCACAAAACAGAGAAAAAAUUUCAAAUAUAUCGCCGAUGUUUCAGUGGUGAAAUCAACUCCAUUUUAUGGCUAUAAUAUUGGUUACAAGUUGUUUUAUAAAGUUUCGUUAUUAUCCCCUGUUUAUCAUUCGAAAUUGGUCAACAUCAUCAAUGAAAAUACCAUCACCAGUCCUCUAUUGAAGAAUAUUAAAAUUUACGAGUCUCACAUUCCUUAUAUUCUACAGUUUUUAACCGAUUUUAAUCUCUUUGGAUGUUCUUGGCUAAACAUAGACAAAAAUUUGAUAUUUUUAAGAAACCCUAUAUUUAAUAUUAAAAUAAGCCCCUCUGAUAAUGAAAAAGAUAAACCUGAAAACCAAAAUCAAAAUCAAAAUAAUAAUGCCAAUGAAAUUAUUAAUCAAAACAAUUCAAAUGUUUUAUUAAACAUAAAAAGGAUUGGAAGAACAUUUUUAGAAAUAGAUAUACCAUGUCAGUCCAUUUCUAAUCGAUCCAAGUUAAAGAAAAGGGAUUUGCACCAUGAUUUUUUAGAGUAUUUUCAGCAUAAAUAUAAUAAAGAUUAUGAAGCAAAUUUUAAAGAAAAAUAUUUAUCAAGUACAGAUGAAAUUAUAAAAGAUACAAAUUACCAAAGAAAACUUCGAAAUAAACCAAGUUUUGAACCUCAGCCCUCAAUUGAAAGAGCCCUUAAUAUUAACGAUAAAAAUUUCACUGAUUGGAAUAAAAAUGAAAAUGAAAAUGAGUUGUCAUUUGAGAAUUAUAUUACAAAUAUCAACAACUUUAAUAAUGUUAAUGAAACUUUAUUGAAGCAUAUAAAAACUCCUAUGGAAAUUUUAAAUAAACUAUUUCCAGUUUUGCCGAAAAAUAAAGUUACUUUGCAAAAAAUUAAUGAAGAAACAAAAAAUUCUUCAUUUUUCGACAAUGAUGAUUUUAUCAACUUUAGUGAUGACAAUAUUUAUGAUAUUCCACUUAAUAACAAUCCCAUAGGCAAUUUUGAUGGCAAAAACUUUACUUCUGACAAUAAUGUUGAUAAUGCUAAAACAAAUAAUGAUAAUAAUAAUAAUAAGAAAUUACCCGCAAUCAAUCAAAACUCAUCUCAUAUUGAUCGUAAUACAAAAGGCAUUUCAACAAAAAGCGAAAAGUUAUUUACAAAUGAAGGCUUUUUAGCAAACUCAUCUCCAAUGAAAUUUCCAGAUUCAGAUGAUAUUAUGGAAUCAUUUGAAAAAGAAUAUGAUUUGCCAAAGAUCGAGUAUAAUGAUCCAUUUUAUAGCGCAAAAGAAGAUAUACUGAAGACAUCUCAUGUUUACGCAGGAAAGAAAUAUAUCCUUAAAUGUUCAGAUAAAGAUUUUGAAAAUCAAAUUGCAAAUUUCGAGAAUCAUUCAAUCAAAAGAAAAAUAAAUAUUAAUAAUUCUAAAAUUUGGAAGUAUGUUAUUAAACCUCCAAGUUACAAUGAAGUUGAUGUGGAUCAAAUUGUACAUGAUACACAUAUCAAGAAAAGUAAAGAAUUUCUGUUGUUUUCAUCUCAAGUUGAACCGACAACUCAAAAAGUGAAGUUUGGAUUUAAAUAUCAAACUCCUAAACAUAAAAUACAGAAGAAACCCAACCAAUAUAACCAUUUGACUGUUUUUACAAUUGAAAUACAUGUUAAUGCAAGACCAGAUUUUGUUCCAGAUCCACUAGUUGAUGAGAUAACUGCAAUAUUUUGGAAAUUUGAAGAAGAAACUAUGCCCUUUGAUUUGGGAAUUUCUAACACUGGAAUAUUUUUGUUAGAUUCUAAAAGACAAAACUUACUGACAAGUUUUUCGAGAUUGACUACUAUUCCAAUUGGACAUUAUGAAGAACUUGAAAUGCUCAUAGAACUCGGCAAUCUAGUUCAAUUAGUGGAUCCAGACAUACUUGCAGGUUUUGAGGUUCAUUCGUCAUCAUGGGGCUAUGUAAUUGAAAGAAGCAGAGCCAUUUAUCAAUAUGAUUUAUGUGAAGCUUUAUCAAGGGUGAGCUCGAAUUAUAAGAAUAAGGUCGGGGAUAAAUGGGGCUAUACUCAUGCUUCAGCAUUCAAGAUUACUGGUAGGCAUAUGAUAAACAUUUGGAGACAUUUAAGGUCAAUUUUUGACUUGCAAAAGUAUUCGAUUGAAAAUAUCACUUAUCAUGUUUUACAUGAAAGAAUAGCAUAUUAUGAUUGUCACACAUUGACUAGUCUUUUUCAUGGAUUGCCAGGAGAAAAGGCUAUUUUUCUAAAUUACUGGCUAAAAAGGAUUGAGAUCAAUUUAAAAUUAUUGCAGUCUUCAGAUUUAAUUUCAAGAACAGCAGAACAAGCAAGAUUGGGAGGUAUUGAUUUUUAUUCAGUUUUAUACAGAGGAUCUCAAUAUAAAGUUGAAUCAUUCAUGGUUAGAAUGUGCAAAGCAGAGAAUUUUAUGUUAUAUUCACCAAGUAAGAAACAAGUACAAAAACAAACAGCUCUAGAUUGUAUUCCAUUGGUGAUGGAGCCUGAUUCUUCAUAUUUCAAGAGUCCGGUAGUUGUUUUGGAUUUCCAAUCAUUAUAUCCAUCAGUUAUGAUUGCAUAUAAUUAUUGUUAUUCUACAAUUUUGGGGAAGUUGCAAGGAUUUGACGCAAAAAAUGGUAACGAGAUUGGUUGCAUUAAUCUUAAAUUACCUGCUGGUUUAUUAGAGUUGCUUGAAGAUGAUAUAACCAUAUCGCCAAAUGGGUAUAUGUUUGUCAAGCCGAAUAUCCGAAAAUCGUUAUUAGCGAAAAUGUUGGAAGAAUUAUUGGAAAGUAGAAUUAUGGUUAAGGAGACUAUGGAUUUAUUAAAAGAUGACAGGGGGCUUUAUAAGUUAUUUUAUAACAGGCAAUUGGGAUUAAAGUUAGUUGCAAAUGUCACAUAUGGGUAUACAUCUGCCACAUUUUCUGGUAGAAUGCCAUGCUCAGCAGUAGCGGAUAGUAUUGUGCAGACAGGAAGAGAGAUAUUGGAAAAAUCUGUUGAAUUUAUUGAGAAUAAUGAGAAAUGGAAUGCCAAAGUUGUUUAUGGGGAUACAGAUUCAUUAUUUGUUUGUUUAAUGGGUAAAUCAAAAGACGAGGCCUUUGAGAUCGGGAGGGAAAUAGCAGAAUCGGUAACUAAACGCAAUCCAAAACCCAUAAAAUUAAAAUUUGAGAAGGUUUAUUUUCCCAGCGUUUUAAUUGCUAAAAAAAGAUAUGUUGGGUAUUCUUAUGAGUUUAAAGAACAGGUUGAACCCAAAUUUGAUGCCAAAGGAAUUGAAACAGUUAGAAGAGAUGGUACGCCAGCGCAGCAGAAAAUAUUAGAGAAAAGUUUGAGAAUGUUAUUUGAAGAACCUGAUAUUUCUAAAAUUAAAAAGUACGUUCAAGAGCAGUUUUAUAAAAUAAUUGUUGGGAAAGUUUCUAUUAAAGAUUUUUGUUUUGCCAAAGAAGUUAAGAUUGGGUCAUAUAAAGAUGUUCGAUACAUGCCUGCAGGAGCAGCAUUAAUAGCUGAGAAAAUGGAAGAAGAUGAUAGAUUGGAGCCACAAUAUAAAGAAAGAGUUCCAUAUUUGAUAAGAAAAGGUAAGAAAGGAGAAAUAUUGAGAAAACGAGCAAUAUCACCAGAAGAGUUUAUUAAUAAUCCGAACAAAUAUGAAUUAGAUUAUGACUAUUAUAUUCGAAAGAAUAUUAUUCCACCGUUAGAGAGGGUGUUUAAUUUGAUUGGUGUUAAUGUAUUAAGAUGGUAUGAAGAUAUGCCGAAAUUUGGUAAUGGGAUAAUUGAGAAUAAUAAGGAGAUUGAAAAAGGAGGACUAAAUAAAUAUAUCAAGAAGAAUAAUUGUUUUAUUUGUUAUAAAAAUGAGAUUUUAAAGGAUUUUAUUUGUUUUAAUUGUUAUUUUGAUAAAAGGAAUACGGUGGUUAAGAUAAUUGAUAAGAUAAAAAAAGUUGAGGAGAAAAAUUAUAAGAUCAAGACAAUUUGCAAAAAUUGUUCAUUGAAUGGUAAGAGUAAUUAUAGCAAUGACAUUGAUAGGAUAAUGUGUUGCAAUCAAGAUUGUUCAAUUUAUUAUCAACGAAAGAAAAGUGAGUUGAAAAUGGAAGAUCUAAAUCGAAAAGAGAGGUUAGUU